AUGACAGCCCUAGGCUGUAUACAGCGGAUCACUUGUCUUCUGGCCAUUCUGCUUGUUAUCUGGACGCCUGGGACGGAGGCUCACCUCAUCGAUGAAUCGUCUUGCGCCAAUUUACGACAGUGGGAUUCCACAACAGAGAAAAUAGAGGAAUUCGGCGACGUCGAAAAUGCCGUCAGCAAGCUUCAGAGUGCUAUUGACGAGAUUGUCAAAAUGAAUACGGUCUCCACUAAAUUGAUGCAAGAUACUACAUACUCCAAGGGCAGCUGGUUUGACCAGAAGAGAGCCAAGCUGGCUUUUCGUGCUUUUCAGGGGAGUACCGGUCUUCGGACAAGUUCUGAACCGCGUUGGAGGACUGUGUAUACCAGGGUGAAAGAAGUCGAGGAUUUCCUUACCGAUUAUAAGACGAAAGACACCAAAAUUGUUUGCGGAGAUGCUCAUCUGCAGAAAUGGUAUAUCCUCAGGAGUGGGAGGAUGGUCCAAAACUUGAAUGAGAAGAGGAAACCCAAAGUGGUAGGGUUUCAAUACUAUGGUAUGUCUCCCAUGUUGUGGAUCUUUCUUGGGUACCGGCAUAGCUAA